AUGGCUUCUGAUACCGGCUUAAAUGAAAUUCAUCAACAAACAAUUGUUAAUUACUUACGAUUUGCAAAAUUCAAGCGUUCUCAGCAGUUACGUGCAGUAGAUGCUUGCGUAAACGAUUUAAAAGAUAGCAGACUCAAUGAAGAUACCUAUACCAACGAUGAAGUCAGCGAAAUUAUGGAUGAAUUACGAUCGGUUUUGAAAGGUGAUGUUGAAACCGAACUCCUCAAUGUAUCUCAUACCAACGCUCUACUACUACAACAACUCUUUCAUCAAGCGGAAAAGUGGCACUUGAAAUUACAGGCUGAUAUAUCACAAUUAGAAAAUAGAGAGCUUCUAGAAGAAAUUGCUAGGUUUGAAGAGGAAGAAGCUGCUAGCAACAUGUCCAAGCAGGGUAUGUCUGGAUCAUUAUCAGGAAAGACCUCAAAGUUACAACCUUUAAAUGAAGGUGGUGGAGCAGCUUUGCUGCAUAUGGAGAUUAGUCGAUUAAAAGAAGAAAAUGAAACGUUGAGGGGCCGAUUUAAGAUGCUUGAAGCUAAGGCGACAGAUGCCAUACGAGAGAAAGAAAUGUUAAAGAAAAGCUUAGCUGAAACACAAAAGCAAUUGGAAGCAACAAUAGAUGACAUUAAAUCCGGUAAGGCUUCGGUGCAAAUAAUCAAAGAUAUGGAAAAGAAAAUGGCUGAAAUGAAAAUUAACCUUGAUGAGAAUUCAAGCCAACUUGAGAAAGAUAAUGCAGCAGUUAUGGGCGAUCUUACAGAAUCUAAGCAUCAACUAUUAGCUCUUCAAGCUGAGCUAGAACAAACGAAAAGUGAAUUAGAAAAGAAAUUUGGCGAAACAUCGCAGUAUAACAAUAUGAAAAAGAUGCUUACAAAUAAAAAUAAUCAGAUAAAAGAGCUUAGAAGUCGUCUCCGCAAGCCUCUAUUUGCAGUUUGA